CCAUGAAAUAAGAGAUUAUACGUUAACUGAUCAAUGUCAAUAGAUAUCUGUAAAUUAGUUGACAAACAUAUUUAGCGUAGCACUGCAUGGUAUAUUAAGCGUUAGUCUUUUUAGAAAAUAUACAUUUUAAACUUAAAAUUAGAGCUGUAGAAAAAGAUUGGUACAUGUAUGAUGAGAAAAUCAAGAUAUUUCAAUAUUUCAAUUUUGAUUAGAAGUUGUAUUAGCUUUUUAACAUAACUAAUUUUCUUCUUUUCUUAAUCAAGUUUUGAUUAGACGAAUAUUAGCAAUUUACUUAAUUUAGAAGUUUCAAAUUUUGUGAUGCAUCUCAACUCGACGAGGUAAUUCUUUAGAUACCGGCUUGACGACAUAUGGCAUUCACCUAUAAAUAAAAUUCUCUUUUUUUGAUAAUUUAUGCUUUUAACAAGAUUGCGGCAAAAGGCAGAAACAGGAAUAACCAAAUAGAAACCAGGUAUUUUUUUUCGUAUCACUAACAGAAAUAUGAAUAAUACUGAAAGAAAAGAAAAUUUUGUUUACUGUUGAACUUCAUUAGUCUUCACGCCGAUGUUUGAAGAAAUACUUCAUAGAACUGAGAAUCAUAACAAUUUAUGAAAACUUUUAUUAAAAAAGAAAUUGUUUUUGUACAUAUAAUGAAAGCUUAAAUAAUGAAUAAUAAAAUAAAAUCAUGCAAAUAUUUUCCAAUUUUUAUCGAAGUAUCAAUAACGCUCAAACAUGUAUCGCUGUUCACUUUAUGAGUUUCAUAUUAGUAUUUGAAGAAUAAUUCUUCUCUAAGGUGAGAGUAGUUCUAAUUUUUCCUUCCUCUAUCUGAACAAAAAUCUCAAAAAAGGUACUCAAAAAUUUUGAAAAUUUCAUACUAAUAGAAAAAAAUUGUCUCCUUAGCAGAAAAUUAGCCUUUUUGCACGGUUUCCACCAUAUGAAAAGCUGAGAAAUAUGCUUAUUCGAUGUAACUUAAAAGGUGUAUCCAAUAAUACGAAACUGAGAGUAAUCAUAUAUUACACAGUCAGAUCCUUGUUAUAUUCUACGAAAUGAGCCACAAGAAAGGCAAUCAAGUUAUGCAAAAAAGAAGGACAUCAGCUUUCACUGUCUCAUUAGUGAUUAUUUUAUUUUAUAUCAUUUUAAUUGUUAGAUUAGUGAGAUAAAGUUUUGUGUGUCCGUUCUUUUUCUGUCACAUUGUAGAUGAGAAGAAACAUAUUCUCUAGAAUCAGUAAAUACUGAAAAAUAUCUUUAUUUUUAUCAGUCAGAUAUUCUUGGCCUAAGACAGUUCAAAGAACCCAUAAACGUUACAUCCUAAGUCGUUGCUCCUGCAAUAUGUCUCCUUCAUCGGCCGUUUGCCUCUGAGAAUAAAUGUGAAGCUCGAUUCGGCUUGCACGUCGGUAUUCGCGAUCACAGCUUCAUUCAUUCACACGUACUAUAAAUAUAAUUUGCAGAAUUAAUUUAACAAAUCAUCAGCAUCUAAAAAUCCUGCGCUGGUUAAUAAUUACCUUUCUUUGCUUUUCAUGUCAUCUUAUUUGUUGUUAGAUCUUUUAACAAUUAUUUUUCACUUGCCAAAGAGAGGCGUAGGUAAAUGCAAAAUGAUUAUGAAGAGAAAUGUUCGGAAAGCAACUGUCUGAAUUUUACCUUUAUGUUACCUGUUGAGAAUUUAUGUAUUCAUGGGUAAGAAACAGAUUCAGUUUACGAUAGAAACAUGUUGAUAACAUAUUCUAGCUGUUAUCCGUCAAUGUUCGAUAUCUAUUGUCUUUCCCGUAUAGUUGUCUAAUAGAUUAAAAGCGAGAGAAUAAUAUAUCUGAAAAAAAGAAGUAAAUUUCAAUUGCUAAACACUAGUUUAUAAAAAAGAAACGUUUUCAAACUUUAGCAUAAGUUUGCUUAUAUGAAUAAAAAUUGAUCCAUGUACAAAAGUGCUUAGAAAAACUUUAAACGAGUCUUUUAUUCAGAAAAAAUUAUUCUCUAGAUUGAAUUAUUAAAUGUAUGACUACAUUAAGUAGUCACUCAAAAUUUUCCUUUUAAGCGCUUUCUAAUGACACAGUACGCUUGCAAUUGAUGGACGUCGUAAUGAAAUUUCGAUACAAAUAAAAUCUGAAAACUAUAAUCGGUUGCUAAUUUUCCUACACCAAGUUUCGUAAAGAUAGAACCGAAAAAUCCACAUAGCCCGUGAAAGCUGCUAUAGGACACUUACGUUUCGAAUAGAUACACUGGGUCCAAAAAUUAUUCAUACAGGUGUAAUUUCGAUUUUUUUCCCUAAUGGUAACUCCUAUGAAGAAUCCAAAUAGUGAUUUGGAUAGAGAAAAUUGUUUCGAACAAAGGUCCCAGAAAGAUGAAAUUCUCAUCUUAUCCCCCAAAACCAGGAUCUCUGGAAAACCGAAAACCUAUUUUUUCAGCACUCAGACCCCGAAAAUAAAAGUUUGUUUUGAUUACACAGGGUGAUAGAGCAACGAAUUCUCUACAAAAUGAGAUGUCUUUGAGCUCUCCAUGACAAUUUUUUACUGAACUGCAUCAGUUUUAAGGAACACCCUAAAGUGCUUUUUGUCCGAUUUUCCCAUAGGAAAUGGUGAAAAUACCAUUUUUGAGUGUUUCUUAAAACUGAUGCAGUUCAGUAAAAAAUUGUCAUGGAGAGCUCGGAGACAUCUCAUUUUGUAGAGAAUUCGUUGCUCUAUCACCCUGUGUAAUCAAAACAAACUUUUAUUUUCGGGGUCUGGGUGCUGAAAAAAUAGGUUUUCGGUUUUCCAAAGAUUCUGGUUUUGGGGAAUAAGAUGAGAAUUUCAUCUUUCUGGGACCUUUGUUGGAAACAAUUUUCUCUAUCCAAAUCACUAUUUGGAUUCUUCAUAGAAGUUACCAUUAGGGAAAAAAAUCGAAAUUACACCUGUAUGAAUAAUUUUUGGAGCCACUGUAUAUGAUGAGACGUUAUUCAUAUACAGUCUGUGAUUGUAUAUCAAUCACGUCUUUGAGAGAAAGAUUCUAAGGAAAUGGAUCCAAAUAUCUACUUCUAUACUUCAACAUGUGUUAGAUCGUGUUUCACAAAAACAUAACAGUCAGGUAGUCUGUCUAUUUUAAGCUUUUUAUCAGGCCUGUGAAUGGUUUGAAAAAUCAGAGCGAUGUAUAUGUUUCAGGUAGACUCCAUGACCUAUUCGAAUAAUUUUCUAGAUAUUUUCAAAAGGAAAAUCAGAGAAAAAUAAAGCAUUAUAUUCUCUAAUUUUCUCCGACUGUUGUAAAGAAUGAUGAUUUUAUUUCCUGCUUAGAAAUAGUUUUGUUUUCUUGAGGAAAAAAAUAAUAAUUUUACGAAUCCUGCGUGCAACAUAUAUCCUGAAUAUAAAAGUGAACAUCAUGUAUUUUUCUUUAGGUUUUACCUGUUCUUUUUCAACAUUUACCAAUUCGGGAAGAUUUUGCAGAAGCUAAUUCUAUAUUCACUUGUCUCAAUCUACUCUACGAACAAUAUUUCACUCAAAUUGAACCAUAUCUUCCAAAAUCUAUCGAAAUGGCAGCAUCAUUGAUUGAUGAUGAACGUGUUUUACCUGAUGCUGUUCCAGUAAUUCGUGAAUUUCUUCGUUCAAUCUAUACAAAACAUAGUGUUGCUUUUGUUCAAGUAAUGCAAACACUUAAUGAACCAUUACGUGUUAUUGUUACAAAACAUCUUCAAACAAACUAA